AUGAACGAAGAUUUAUCUAAAUCUGUAAAAACAGUGAAGAAUCCAUUCUAUAUAGUCAAUGAUGCCUUAAAUGAUGGAGAUGCAGUUACAGUCAAAUUAACAUGCGCUGAUAGUAGCAAGGAAUGCAAGAUUCAUGUUAUCCAAGAGAGUAUUUCAGGCUUACAGUGGCAAUCUUAUGUCACCGCAUUAUCAAAUGGCGAAAUAACGUUUAACAAAAAAGAAAUUGGAAAGGCAAUUUCAUUCGCAUCUAGCAAUACCAUUAAAGUUAAGGGUGCACCCGUAUGUACGUUUAUUUGA